AAGCGGCGCGGGCGUUAGGCAUCAUUGUCCAUUGCGAGCGCGCAGUGAACGUACGAAUUUUGGUGAUUAGUGAAGUGAAUCACGAUGUUGGUGUUUCCGCAAUGGAGACGUGAGUUGCCGGAGGAGGCGUGCAGGACACCUCGGUGGAUGCCUGCUGAGCGUUUCGCGCCCUAUCUCGCGAGACCUAUCGCCCUACCACCCUUACCGCCUCAGAUCGACGAUGAGGAUUCUUCGGGCGGGUCAUCCCCCGAGCGCAACACAAGCGAGGGCGAGGGCGAGUCGUGCGGGUGGAGGGGGUGCGGCGCGCGUUACCCCAGCAUCGCGCGCCUGUCCGCGCAUGUGGCACGCGUACAUGCGCUCGCGCACAGCGACGGACUCUUCUACUGCGGCUGGAAGGGCUGCGGCCGCCCGCAAAGAGGUUUCAAUGCACGGUAUAAAAUGCUAGUGCAUGUACGCACACAUACAAAUGAGCGGCCUCACACUUGCAACCAAUGCCACAAGAGUUUCUCUCGGGCUGAAAAUCUGAAAAUACAUCUCAGAUCACAUUCGGGAGAGAAGCCAUACAUCUGUCCCUAUGAGGGUUGCGGCAAAGCGUACUCAAACUCAAGCGACAGAUUCAAGCACACCCGCACACACACAGUCGACAAGCCUUACUGCUGCAAAGUACCUGGAUGCAACAAGCGCUACACCGACCCUUCUAGCCUCAGAAAGCACGUGAAGACUUACAAACACUUUGCUACUGAAGAAGCUGCUAAAAGGGAGUCUUCGGACGAAGUUCAUAGUUCUGAAGCCUUUUCUCCGCUGAGGGAAAGCAACUCUACUUAUACACACUUAGAAUCCGUAUCGCCAUUGCACGGAAGAUUAGCAUACAGUCCACCAAGACCUACUUUAUCGCCUACGACCCCUUACAACUCCGUCCUAUCUUUGUCCGAACCAGCGAUGCCUUCAAUCGCUUACUCCUCCCACAGUCAAAUGCCUUACUUUCCGCCGGUCGAACCCAUGUACUCUCUAAGAGUCCCGCAUCCUGAAAUGUCUUACCUGGAAUACACGCAGAUGUACGAACACGCGUAUAGAAAUUACUACACCAACAACGCCCACUACCCAGUACUGAGGCCGACGGUCAUUGAAAAGGUGUUCAAUUACGAAGAAAAACCUCAGAUUGAUGACGUCAUCAUGGUAGAAGAAAAAGAAGAGCCGAAAUAUGCUCCCGUGGAAGAAAUGCCUUUAAACUUAUGCUCCAAAAGAUUGGAAUGUAAACCUAUUGAAGAACUAGUCAGACGCACAGACUUGCCAUUAGAUUUAAGCACUAAAAGUUAGUUUCUAUUUGUAAAUAAAUUAUUUAAACUUAA